GGCGGCGCUGCAGCUUCACCUCGCAGCAGCAGUAACCGGAUAUGUGAUGGAUAUACAGCUCAGGCCUGCUAAGAGCUCUCUGUACAUGUCCCGCGUUCUGUGGCUGUUGUCUUACGAUGGAGACACUCGCCCGCCUUGUCCUUCAACGGCAGCGGCAGCAGCAGCAGCAGCUGCUGCUGCUGCUGCUACAACAGCUCCUGUUGAUCCAGCAGCAGCCGUGGCAGCUGCUGCUGCUGGAGCUCCUGUUGAUGCUGCUGCUGGGCUAUCCUCUGCUGCUGCUGCGAGCGACACGACACCUUCGCCCGGCGCAGCAGCAGCGGGAACAGCAGCAGCCGCGGGGCCUUCUGCUGCAGCAGGGGCCCCAGCAGCAGCAGCAGCAGCAGCAGCAAGCAAAGAGUCUUCGCUGUGCCUCCGAGUGUUCAGACAGCUCAUGGGGAAGUGCACGCAGCCUCAGCAGCUGCUGCCGUGGCUGCCGCAAAUGUUGACUGGGCUCGACAGACCCGAAGCACCGGAGCUGGAGCGGCUGCUGUACGCGCUGCUGCUGCAGGCGCCGCAGCAGCUGUACUUCGACAUUAGGACGACAUAUCUAGAGAAGAGGGAACAGUAUGCGCAGCAGCAGCUGCUGCAGACGUUGAAACCGCAGCAGCAGCAGCAGCAGCAGCAGCAGGCCCAGCAGCAGCAGCAGCAGGCGCAGCAGCAGCAGCAGCAGCAGCAGCUGCCGCCGCAGCAGCAAAGCCUGACACUCCUCUCCUGGUUGAUGACGGUCUUUAGGGCCUCCUUCACUCCGCAGUGCAUAGCCCUCGAUCAUCUUGCAGAGGAGUUGGUGGCGCAUGCGAAGCCUUCGACUGUAGACGAAAUAGUUUGUGCUGUACGCACGCUGCUGCAGCAAUGCUUAGAGGUCCCGCAUGGCAGCAACACGCUUCCUGCAGUUGCUGCUCAGUUUUUGCGAGUGAAUAUUGUUUCUCGAUUCAAGAGCCGCUACGGUACAGAGCCUCCGCCUGCUGCUGCUGGUGCUGCUGCUGCUGGCAGCAAAAACAGGAAGGGCGCCAGCAGCCGCAGCGGUUGCUGCUGCGGUGGUGCAGCAGCAGAGUCUACUCGUCGAGUAAUGCGCAGUUUGUGGCCUCUAUUUAAAGAAGAUUUUGAAUUUGCUACAUCUCCUGACCCAACUCCCAGCAGCAGCAGCAGCAACAGCAGCAGCAGCAGCAGCAGCAGCAGUGGUGGUGAGGAGUUGGUGGCGCAUGCGAAGCCUUCGACUGUAGACGAAAUAGUUUGUGCUGUACGCACGCUGCUGCAGCAAUGCUUAGAGGUCCCGCAUGGCAGCAACACGCUUCCUGCAGUUGCUGCUCAGUUUUUGCGAGUGAAUAUUGUUUCUCGAUUCAAGAGCCGCUACGGUACAGAGCCUCCGCCUGCUGCUGCUGGUGCUGCUGCUGCUGGCAGCAAAAACAGGAAGGGCGCCAGCAGCCGCAGCGGUUGCUGCUGCGGUGGUGCAGCAGCAGAGUCUACUCGUCGAGUAAUGCGCAGUUUGUGGCCUCUAUUUAAAGAAGAUUUUGAAUUUGCUACAUCUCCUGACCCAACUCCCAGCAGCAGCAGCAGCAACAGCAGCAGCAGCAGCAGCAGCAGCAGUGGUGGUGGUGUGGGUCUAUGCGAGGUUAUUGCGAAAUUAAAGAGAUGGAAGGACUACUUAACAUGUAGAGCGCAGUGCUACGAGCAGCAGACUCCUCUUGAAGACGUAGGAGCUUCAUUAAGAGAUGUGUUUAUGCGAGUUAGCGUUGAGAUUGAAGUUCCUGGGCUGCGUUUGCUGCAGCUCGGGGAGUGCAGCGGGGGUUUGCUGCACGGGGGGCAGCAGCAGAGGCCUGCGGUGUACAUACAGCAGUUUGGUGCAGCAUAUUCGUCUGUUACAAGAUCUCAUUAUACACUCAAAAGAAUUCAAUUCAUCGGUUCAAAUGGCUGCAGCUAUUGCUUCCUUGUGCAGCCUUAUACAACAGCGCAUCAAAGAACAGAGCAGCGGCUGCUGUGCUUGCUGCUGCAGCUGAAUCGCUUGCUGCUGCGUCAUAACCCAUCUAGGCGUAGGGGUCUGGCCUUCCCUCUAUCUGCGCAGGUGUCUAUACACCCCAGAUGUAGGCUUUUAGAAGAUAUGCCUUCAUGCAUUACGCUGCAGCAAAUUCUUAAUGAAGCUUCUCGCGCUGCAGCAGAACCUAUGAAGCAAGACCCGGACCUCCCCGUGCUGCUUCAUAGAAAAAUGAUGGCUCACGAAAUCAGCAGCAAAAUGCUGCAGCACGCGCUGCACAUGCUGCAGCACGACAGCAGCAACAACAGCAACGCCGCACUCAACAACGCACACCAGCAGCAGCAGCAGCAGCAACAACAGCAACAGCAACAGCAGCAACACAGCACGCCACUUCAAAACCCCAGCAGCAAUAACGCCAACAGCAACAGCAGCAGCAGCAGCAGCAAUGUGCGGCGCCUGCCGCAGCAAUUGCUGCAGAUAUUUACUACUCCGGGCUUCUGCCAGGAUGAAGAACAGCAGCAAAUCCUUGAUCGUAUCCUGGAGCUGCAGCCCCUCGAUUCUGCUGCUGCUGAUACUCCUGCUGCUGCAGCUUCGGGCGCUGCUGCUGCAGCAUCCGAAACAUCUGCUGCGGCUUCAGAGAGCAGCGUCGCUGCAGCACCAGCAGCAGUUGGUACCGCAACAGGAGCAGGAGGAGAAGCUUUCCCCAGCAGCAGCAGCAGCGAGACGGGCAGCAGCAGCAGCAGCAGCAAUAGCAGCAGCAACAACAAUAACAUGAAGGAUUCAAGUUCCUCCACAGCACCUUCCACGGCGGAGCAGGAUCCUUAUCAGCGGCAGCAGCAGCAGCAGCAACAGCAGCAGCAGCAGCAGCAUUUGUUGCUGCAGCAGGAGCAGGAGCAGCGUUGGGUGUCUGAAUUUCAAAGAAGCUGUCAUCUCGAGGCAGCUCAAUCUGUUUAUAAUUCUUUGUGCGAGUUGGUCUCUGAUUGCGUGCUUAGGGUGUACGUACACCGCAGAGUGCGUACAGCUGAGGAGUUAUUUGUAUUUAAGCGUCAGUUUACGCAAAGCCACGCUCUUUACUGUAUUCUUAAUUAUAUCUUUUCAAUGACAGAUAUAACUCCAGCAAAAAUACUCGUUGAUAUAGAGACAGGACAAGUGCAGCAAGGAGAGCUAAAGGCUUGCUAUUGUUCGUCUUCAUUUCUUUUGAGUGCAACAGAAAGGCUGCCCUUCAGAUUAACAAGAAAUAUUGAAGUUCUUAUUGAUGUAUUUGGAAGGACAGGGCUGCUACCCGGGUGUAUGUACACCUUAGUUUGCUGCCUUCAACGAUACUCCAGCCAUUUCUCAAAUGCUGCAGCACUUCUCGUCAGAGAUGAUGUGACAUUCUUCUAUAGACAAAAACAGCAGCAGCAGCAGCAUAUACUCCUCCAGCAACAGCAGCAGCAGCAGCAACAGCAGCAGCAGCAACAGCAACAGCAGGAUGAUCCCAACAGCCAACACCAGCAACCCGCAGGUUCCGUCUCACCGCAGCAGCAGCAGCAGCAGCAGCAGCAACCUGCUCUCAGCAGCAGCAGCAGCAGCAGCAUUGCUGAGGAAACAGCUGCAAUUCGCCGCGUUGUGGAUAUUAACAUCAGUCGUAUUUCUGAAACCCUCAAAAGACUGCAGGGAACGCCGCAGCCUGCAGCUGAACCAAAACCUGAGCAGCUGCCUAUUGACUCGCAGGUCGCUCUUCUCCUCCGCAUUGCUACACGCAAAGACAUCUUGGCUACUGCUAAGCCCACAUGGCAGGCUUGGUAUUAA